CCUCCUGCUAUUAGAUCAACUGCAGCCUCUGAGAGGUGAUCAGCAGUACCGUUCGUUGACCGAACCCACCGAAUACCGCUUUGACAGCUACGCAACUACCCCAUCCAUCGACCUUGACGGUUGUCACCACUCCAAGCCCCGCUUUGAUAGCGCGAAUCCUUCCUAGCCAACAUGUCUUCCCCUAUCCACCAAUAUCUUUUCUCCCCUCCUCCUUCGCCUCCUUCGCGUGGCCCACGAUCUAAACUUGAUCCCAAUCACGGUCUGACUUCGGUCAAAUCUUUGUUGUUGCCUUCCGAGUUUAUUCCUCAAUAUUCCGUCGAUGGCCACCACCGCUCACCACCACCCCUCAAAGCUCGCUCUUCACGUAGCCCUCAGCAAGAACGCUUCACUCUCAUUACUUCUGUCUACCCUUCUUCUGGGCACGGACGACAUGGAAAUGGUUAUUAUGCUGCCCGAGAUCUUGAGUCUAUUCCUGAGAGUUCGACAAUCAGCAUCUUGUCCCCUUCAUGCCAAGGUUUGGACCAGGAGCAGCUACAGCUCGCACCACCAAUCAACCUUGUCUCACCUUCUACUUCACACUUCCGCUCUUUCCAAUCCGCAUUUACGGUCCCGAAGCCAAUCUUGCGACUUGUUUUCUUGGUUUGCAUUAUUUUCACAACCAUCGCUAUUCUCAUCUUUGUCCCCUCCGCCAGGCCACCCAGUCUUUUCCUGGGAGAUAUAGCGAAACGAAUCGCACUCGUUCCGGAAGCUCAAUAUGUCAAUGUCAACGUCGAUGUAAACGCGUUAGAGUGGGAGGGGAUGGGAGAGGAGAGGGAAUAUCAGCCACCUCAUAAAAAAACGGCGUGGAUGUUGAAAGGGAUUAGGCCAAAGAAGGAAACUGAGGUGAAUAAGGAAGUCCAGGCGGUCGAAAAGGUCAAGGAAGUUGAGAAGAUGGUUCAAUUGCAAGCUCAACAACACCAUGCUCUUCCUCCUCCAAAAAUUACCCGCCCAGCUCUUCGCCCCCGACCCAUCCCAGCCUCACAUGAACUCCUCGCUCUUCAGUCGUACAUCCUUGCUUCACAGUAUAACGUCUUAUCUGAGAGCAUUGACCCCUCGAAACCGCUGGAUGCGAACACAAUACUUGGUAUUAGUGCAGCAGCGAGGAAGUUUGGUGGAGAGGGGGGGUUGGCGAGCAUGAACGGUAAGGAAGGGAAAGAGAAAGCAGAGGGGGAGGAGGAGUGGUUGAAGGAUAUUGAGAGUGAAUGGGACGAUGAGGUCGUCGUUUGGUUUGGCGGUAAUGGACGUAAGCAACUCCCGCACGACGUAAUCGAUAUCAUCGCCUCUUCCCACUCAACCAACCGACAUAUCACUUAUAUCCCUCUCCACUCCCGGCCAGACCGUGAGAUCAUCCUCUCUAUCCUAGCCCGUCUCGGUCUGCCUGCUGCGGCGGACUCGCCAAUCGUCAUGAUCGGCAAUGAGCCCAUUUUGGGAGAUCUGGAGACUCUUGAAGAGAUGCGUCUCUCAGGAGAACUGGAGAAGAAGUUGAGUAAGAUUGGGUGGAAGAAAGUGAAAGAGGAGAGGAAGAAGAAGAAGCUGAAGAUGGCAGUGGUCAAGAAGAAGGAAAAGGGCAUGAUCGAGGAGAUGAGGGAGUUGGCUGGGCGAUAAAGACUCAAGUUAGUAAUGAAUUCAGUCUAGCUGUAGAGCGAUAGGGUUUUCGCGCUGUGCGUGAUUCCCGUUCGAAUUCAAUCUAGCUGUUGAGUGAUAGGGCUUUCGCGCUGUGCGUGAUUCCCGUUCCCUUUCUUGACUUUGAAUUGCC